AGCUGCUGCGGAUAGCUUCCUGACCAACGAGUUCACUUACCUCCGGCACCCGGCACGAGCUCCCAUCGUUAUUAUUACUUCACCCCGUACUGCAACAACACCAGCAAGGAUGGGAAAGUCUGUGAUAGGGCGCUGCGCUUUGCUGGCGCUGGCUCUGAUGGCAUCAACCGUCAGGUCUCAGGAGUGCGACGACAUCGACGCGUACUUCGGGGACGUGAGCUCCGUGACGGAGAUCGACCUGGGAACCAUCAUCAGGGUGGACUGCCCGUCCAACGACGACGCCGAGGAGCUACCGUACAUCACCAUCGAGAGCGGCAAGACCCUCACCGUCAAGUCCGAGGAAUCCUUUGUUCGGUUUGUCAACCUUCGCUUCAUCGUCGAGGAGGGUGCCUCCCUCAUCUUCGACAUGCCCGUCACAAGAGUUGGCCCCAACAGCGGCCAAUCUGAGGGCGCGGGCGACUUCGUGUUCGACGUGGCGGAGGGCGGAAGCUUGACCUUCAAUGGGAAAUUCCGCGCCAGCCAGGUUUCCAACGUCCGAUCGGUGUUCUACAACCGCGGUUCGAUCGAGUUCAAGGACGACUCUUUGUUCAACAACAACGGCAACGUCUUCCGGAGCAACGAGGGCACCAUCAAGUUCCGCGGCGACGCCGUCUUCAAGAACAACUGGUACCUCGCCAUCGACAACGACGGCGAGGACUCCUUCGUGAGGUUCUCCAAGACGGCGACGUUUAUCGACAACGCAGGUUUUUUCGAUGGUGCCUGGGGGUGUGCCAUCGACAACGGCGGGACCGCCAUUUUCCGCGACGACGCUGUUUUCUCCGACCACGACUGCGACGAGGGGGCUGCUGUCUCCAACACCGGGAAAAUGAGGUUCUACGGAAAGGCUUACUUCUCGGACAACCGCAACUACCGCGACACCGGCGGAGGCGUUUUGAACAGGGCCGUCUACGACUCGGACCAGGCGGGGGACCUUGUGUUCAAGGCUGCUGUACAGUUUAACAGGAACACGGCAGAAUAUGGUGGAGGGAUUGCAGUGACUGGUGGCGAUGUAACGUUCAACAAGGGCGUAACAUUCGACGGCAACGCAGCGGAGGAUACCGGGGGCGCGAUGGCGGUGACCGGCGACGGGUCCGUGACCUUCGAGAAGCCGGAGGUGGUGAGGAUCUCGGACAACACUCUGCUGGCCAACGAAUACAACCCGGACCCGAUCACGGGGUGCUCGCUCGCGUACGUGGAGGGCAACGAGACUACCGUCGUGGGCUUCGACUUCGACGACAUCUGCCAGGAGGUUACAGUCUGAUGAACGCGAGAGGGACACAAGCUUGGUUUAAGUCGACCGCCUACGGAAGCUACGAACCAACGUAAAGUCGUCGUACGUCGUGUACGCAAAAGCAUAAGGGAGAGACACGUGUAAACAUAGAUGUGGCGAAAAUAAAGGGAAUCGCGCGUGAUAGCACCCACGUGUGCGUAUUUGACUUCGUUCCUCACACGCUCCUUCACUCCUACGGGAGAAGGAUAGAACUGUUGUUGUUUUGCGACUUCGUAGGCGAAGCGCGAAGUGGGAAGGUCUAGAGUACACCGGCAAGUGUUGGCUGUAAGUAUGUCUGUAAACCAACAGUCUCAGAAACAAACCGGCAUUGUCAGCCAUGUCUGUACAGCAAGGUCGUAGAGGUACGCGUACGUAGUAGCCCGCACGUACGUGCCGCGUUUGGUGGUAACUGCUGUGCAGGAGUACGCAUUUCACCGAACGAAGUUCAUGCACAGAAAUGAACUUAACACUGUAACGUAUUUCAAAGUUUC